AGCACGUUCAUACUGCUUUAUGUGAAUUCCACCCAUUUCAAGCUUUUUGGAGGAACCGGAUCCCCAUAGUGAAUGCCUCAUUCAUACAAAAGGGUAUUGUCAUAGAAACCCUAAUUCAGAAAAGCAGAUCUCAUCGAUGACCGACCUCAAAGGUCAGGUGUUUCCCUUUCCAUGGUGAAACCAAUGCGUCUUUGCAAUUUCUUAUUCUUGGAAGCUGUCUCACGCUUUCCUCUUGGAAUCUAUUUGGACAGCAAGAGAGCUCUUAGCACAUUCAAGCAGGAUAUAUUAUAUUAAAAGGAAGCUCCUUUUAACAUCUCUGCUACUCCAACUAUUGCAACUGCAGCUUCAUGGCUGAUCAACUGACUCAGGCAUUCUCCUCCUCCUCCUCCUCUGCCUUUUCAUUUGGAUCUUCCAAUUUCGAAGUGUUUCUUAACUUCAGGGGUGAAGACACUCGCAAAAACUUCACUGGUUUCCUUCACAAAGCUCUGAAAGAUAGUGGAAUCAAUGACUUUAUUGAUAGUGAAAAAUUGUGGGUCGGAGAAGCCAUAGGCCCAGCCCUCCUUAGAGCGAUCCAGGGAUCCAAAAUCUCAAUCCCUGUCUUCUCCAAAGGUUACGCCUCUAGCAAAUGGUGCCUCCUGGAACUUUCUCAGAUACUUCUUUGCCACACAUCCAAUGGACAAAUGGUCCUGCCCAUAUUCUUCGAUGUUGAGCCAACGGAUGUUCGAAAUCAGACUGAAAGUUUUGAAGGACCAUUUCGGGAACAUGAGAAGAAUUUUAAGCCACAUAUUGUAGAGAGUUGGAGGGAAGCUUUGAGAAUGAUAGGGAAUCUAAAGGGAUGGGUUCUAAAGGAAGACGCAAAUGGGGAUCAAGCAGAGCUAGUUGAAUUAGUUGUCAAAAGGGUUUUGGGUGAAUUGAUCAGUAGCACCCACUUGGCUGAAUGUAAAUACCUUAUUGGAAUAGAUUCUCAUGUAAAUCAUCUGUUAUCUAUAUUAAAUAUUGCUUCCAAUGAUGUUCAGUUCGUGGGAAUCUGUGGUUUUGGUGGCAUUGGAAAGACAACUAUUGCCAAGGCCCUCUACAAUCACAUCUUUCCUAACUUCAAGAGACAUAGUUUUCUUUCUGACAUUAGAGAACAAGCAACACGAUGCAUGGGUCUAGCAACUUUGCAGAAGCGUCUUCUUAAAGAUAUCUUCAAAGCAGACAUUGACAUAGCCGAUUAUCACAGAGGAAAAACAAUGAUAAAAGAAAGACUUUGUAAAGAAAAUGUUCUUCUUGUUCUUGAUGAUGUGGACAACCAAGAACAGUUAAGUGCUUUGGCUAGUGAAUUGAAUUGGUUUGGUCAAGGAAGUAGGGUCAUAAUAACAACCAGAGAUGAACAUAUUCUGAAUGUGGCUAAAGUUGAUGGAAAUAAAAUAUAUUGGCCUCAAGUUUUGAAUUGUAUGCAAUCGCUUCAACUCUUUAGUUUGCAUGCCUUUUCAAGGGACCAACCUCCGGAAGAUUAUAUGCAACUUUCACAUGAUGUGGCAUGCUAUUCGGGAGGAUUGCCUUUAACUCUAGAGGUGUUGGGGUCUUACCUAUCGGACAUAAGCAACAAAGAAGUGUGGGAAAGUACAUUACUAAAAUUAAAAGAAAUUCCUCAUGAAAAAGUCCAGAGAAGGUUGAAGAUAAGCUAUGAUAAUCUAGAAGAUGAUUAUCAGAAAGCCAUAUUUCUUGAUGCUACAUGCUUUUUCAUUGGAUGGCAGAAAGAAACUUUAAUUUUCAUAUGGGAAGCUUGUGGUUAUUAUCCUAAAUCAUCAAUAUAUAGACUAAUUAAAAGGUCUUUUCUAAGAUUUGAAGGUAACUUCUUGAGGAUGCAUGAUCAAAUACGAGAUAUGGGAAGGAAAAUUGUCUUAGAAGAAAGCCUUAUGGAGCCGGGUAAGCGUAGUAGGUUAUGGUCUCAUGGCGAAAUCUUAGAAGUAUUAGAAGGAUACAAGGUAAGACUUAAAACUAUGCUUCACUUUCUUCUCUAUCUGUGUAAUUCAAUUUCGAGAUUAUAAUAAAUAAUACAUGACUUUCAAGCA